AUGAGCAAAGUCCUCAAGUGGAAGCACGAUAAGGAUGACCUUGUUGAAGUUUUCGGUCCUCGUAGCGACGUUAUCGCGAAACUCAAGACCCUUGCUACAGGCGUUAGCAUCGAGCUCAUUGACAGCAAGAUCUUAGAGAUCGAUGGGCCGAAAGACAAAGUUGACCAUGUGGUCAAGGUCAUUGAACGUUUGCUGAUGGUUUUUGGUCCCUCAACCAAAAACUACGUUACGAUCGCUGUUGGUGGCCCUCAGGUGGCAAACGACCUCGCUGCGUUGAGGCAAACGAUUGGUGCAAAUGGAAAAGUGGUGCGGGUGGAGAAACUCCAUUUCUCCGUUUGCAAAACGGAUGUGGAGUGGUCUGCUAUGGAAGUAGCACAGCUUGCUAAAGAUGUUGCUGCAAUUUUGGCACAUCCACCACAAGCCAUCCACGACUCCUUCAUCUGCGACAAGGUCGCUUUUUUUUCAACCCAAGUGGCCGAAUUCAAGGUAUACAUUAUGCUCACAUACAACAAGCCCCAUCCACGAGUUAAUGGCAACGAUUCAAGAUGCAUUGAAGCAAGAAGAUGGCCUGAUUAUGGAGACAACAAUGCACGCCACCAUCGUCUACAAGAAGAAGUCCCAGGUCCUUGCCAAUAUCCUCGGUCCUCUCACCACAAGCAGCCGUGA